CCAUGAUAUCACAACAUGAUUCUCUCAUUCCCCUCACACCUACGUAUUAUUGUGGUGUAGCAAUGCCCACCCGGAGCCUUACUUGCACCCUUCUCGAGUGCCUUACCGCCAAGCCAUCCGCAGCCUUACCACCUUCACUAUCAAUAGCCUUACUAAAAAUUUGUCAACGUAGGAGUGUCUCCUCCAUCUUCAACCUUUCACUCCUCUGUUCCCUCCCCGCUACUCACCCGAACAACAGGGCUCUUUUAAAGAGGCAGCACACAAUGUCCACAAUAGUAGAGGACCCUGCGCCCCCUACUUGCAAAGUCGUCUACGCCUCCGCCGUGGCCGAGGGCAUACUGGGAGAAGUCAAGGACUCAAUCGAGAGGCUGGGGCGGGCGCCAUUGUUGGUUGGGUUUCUGGCGAAUGUAGAUCCCGCGGCGAGGAUGUAUGCUAGCUGGACGGGGAAGACUUGUUUGCAGAAUGGGGUAAGGUUUGAGCUUAGGGAGGUGGGUAAGGAUGAUCUUGAGGAGAACAUUAUCGCGGCGAAUGCGGAUGAUGAGGUUGGGGGGAUUAUUGUUUAUUAUCCGGUUUUUGGGAGUAGUCAGGAUGCAUACCUCCAACAGAUCACCUCCAAAGAGAAAGAUGUUGAGGGCCUCUCGCACGCUUACUUGUUCAACAUGUACCAGAACAUCCGCUUCCUCGACCCAGAAAAGUCGCAAAAGUCGAUCCUGCCAUGCACACCCCUAGCUAUCAUCAAGGUCCUUGAGCACAUCUCCGUGUACAACUCCAUCCUGCCUUAUGGUAACAGGCUCUUUGGGAAGACUGUCACUGUCGUCAACCGCUCGGAGAUUGUCGGACGUCCCCUUGCAGCUCUGUUGGCCAAUGACGGGGCAAGCGUGUACUCUGUUGACAUUAACAACGUGCAGUACUUUACCCGGGGCGCGGGGAUCAGGAGACGGCAGCAUGAGGCUCAUGACACGGACUUGAAGCUCGAGGAUGUGGUGCCCAAGAGUGAUGUUGUGAUUACUGGGGUGCCGAGUAAGGAGUAUAAGUUUCCUGUGGAGCUGCUGAAAGACGGUGCGGUUUGCGUGAACUUUUCUUCGGAGAAGAAUUUCGGGCCUGAAGUUAAGGAGAAAGCCUCGAUAUAUGUCCCGGCCAUUGGGAAGGUUACAAUUGUGGUUCUUCUUAGAAAUCUUUUGAGAGUUGUGGAGAACCGUCAGCGAGGAGAGGCAGCGGAGGGAGGGGAGAGUCUGUAGUUUUCUUCAUUUUGUUUUGUUUUUUAGGGGGCGUAAUUACAUUGGUAGAGUUUGCAUAGAGGCCCACUCUAUAUCAAUUGAGUUUACUACCAUG